GCCCCUCGGGGGCGGCUGUGGUGGAGGGAUGAUGGCCGACGGCGGUGGCUCUUCGGUGGCGCCCAGCCCGCGGGGCUCUCCCGGGCCGGCGCCGCGGGUUCCGCGCGCAGUCGGACCGAGUGGCGGUGGUGGGGAGACCCCCCGGACUGCGGCGCUGGCGCUGCGCUUCGACAAGCCCAUCAAGCAGGCCUUCUACAACACCGGGGCCGUGCUGUUCGUGUGCCUGUGCUGCGGCGCCGCGGUGCUGGUGUACUUCAUCCUGGAGGCCUUCCUGCGGCCGCUGCUCUGGGCCGUGCUGUGCGGCACCUUCCUGCACCCCUUCAAGAGCUCGCUGACACGCCUGGGCCGCCACUGGCUGCAGCGCCUGCACCGCGCGCACACGCCCAUCGUCCUGGCCGCGCUUCUGCUGCCGCUCUGCUUCAUCGACUACGGCGUGGAGGCCCUGGGCGAGCAGGCGUUGCGUCGCCGCCGCCUGCUCCUGCUGCUCGGAGCCGGCGGCCCGCUUCUGUACGGCCUCUACUGCCUCGGCAGCUACCUGGGCGUGCAGGUGCUGCUGUUGCACGCUGCCGCGUUCAUCUGCCGCGGGCUGGACUACUUCAGCAGCCUGUGGAUCUGGACGUUGGUGGUUGGCUAUGUGUUGACUGUUUCAUUCAAGUGGAAUGCAAGCACUGAACGCUACUUGAGAGCAGUUUCAAUUCCUGUCUGGAUUAUAUUGCUUUUUCAUUUAGCAUCCCUUGCUGGCUCAUGGAGAAUUCCAGUAUUCUUGGUUAUUGUUUUCCUGAUGUCUGUGGGCACCCUGUAUGAAAAACAGAAUGGAAAAGAGUCUUCUGGGGCAGAGUUACCAGGGCAGGUUAUCUCCAUGGCAGCUUCUACUCUGGCAAACUUGGCCAUCUCUAUCACAGGGUAUGAAUCAAGCAGUGAAGACCAGCUCUCCACUCAGCCUGCAGAAGCAUUGGACAGGGGAGAAUCCCCUCCAACGUUGUCCACCUCCCCUUCACCCUCCUCCCCUUCACCUACUUCCCCUUCACCCACUCUGGGCAGACGAAGGCCUGAAAUAGGAACAUUUCUUAGAAAGAAGAAAACUAGUGACAUCUACUUCGUGUCUCUGGUUUGGGCCAUUGUUGUCGUGCAGAUCUGGUUGAACCUGUGGAUUGUACAGUUGCUGCCGGUGCCGAUUGCAGUCUGGAUACUCAAAAAGCUUGUCAUUCACUUUGGAGUUUUGGACUUCCUGGAGAAACACUACCAUGUAUGGUGGGGUGUUACAGAAAGCUUCCUGAAGGAGCGGCAGGGAGCUCUCGCGCCUUGGCCCAUUGUCGGGCUUGGAAAAUUCUUGUUAAAAGUUGAUAGCAAGAUGAUCAUCUGGUUGGAGAAGAUGUUAGAUAAAAUAAUUAGCAUUUUCAUCAUAUUUUUGUUAGUGAUAGGAACUCUUCUUUUAGCCCUACUCCUGACUGCAAAGGUACAUCAAGAGAGUGUACACAUGAUUGAAGUCACAAGUAAUUUGAUUAAUGAAACUCUAGCAAAUCAUCCUGAGUGGGCAAAUUGGCUUCCUGAGGCUCAGGUAGUCCAAAGAGCCCUGAAUUCUGCGGCUAACAAUGUGUAUCAGUAUGGACGGGAAUGGAUAACUCACAAGCUCCAUAAAAUUCUAGGAGAUAAGGUGAACAAUACUGCUGUAAUUGAAAAGCAAGUACUAGAACUUUGGGACAGACUGUAUCACUCUUGGUUUGUAAAGAAUGUAACACACUCUGGAAGGCACAAAGGACAGAAGUUGCAUGUCAGUCGUCAGAAUAGCUGGCUGGGAGACAUUCUGGACUGGCAGGAUAUUGCUUCCUUUGUUCACGAGAACAUUGAGACAUUUCUUUCGAUCUUGGAGUCUCUGUGGAUCGUUAUGAGCCGGAAUGUGAGCCUGCUCUUCACCACUGUCACUACACUCUUGACCAUCCUCUUCUACAGCGGGACAGCCCUUCUCAAUUUUGUACUCUCUCUGAUAAUUUUCCUGACCACACUAUUUUAUCUAUUAAGUUCCAGUGAUGAGUACUACAAGCCAGUGAAGUGGGUGAUAAGCCUGACUCCACUAUCUCAGCCAGGUCCUUCUUCUAAUAUUAUUGGCCAGUCUGUGGAAGAAGCUAUCAGAGGGGUAUUUGAUGCUUCCCUCAAAAUGGCUGGCUUCUAUGGAUUGUACACCUGGCUGACUCAUACUAUAUUUGGCAUCAAUAUUGUCUUCAUACCAUCAGCGUUAGCAGCAAUCCUUGGAGCAGUGCCAUUCUUGGGGACAUAUUGGGCAGCAGUACCUGCAGUUCUCGACCUGUGGCUGACACAAGGGUUAGGAUGCAAGGCCAUUUUACUGUUGAUUUUUCAUCUCUUGCCAACAUACUUUGUAGAUACUGCAAUCUACUCUGACAUAUCAGGAGGUGGCCAUCCUUACCUGACAGGCUUGGCAGUGGCCGGUGGAGCAUACUACCUAGGCCUGGAAGGAGCAAUCAUCGGGCCUAUUCUUCUCUGCAUACUUGUGGUUGCUUCCAAUAUCUAUAGUGCCAUGCUAGUGAGUCCCACGAAUUCAGUGCCCACGCCAAACCAGACCCCAUGGCCUGCUCAGACUCAGCGGACUUUCUGUGACAUUUCUGAAGAUCUGAAAUCUUCAGUAGGUUGAUAUGGUUUCCUCUGCAGUGAUUUUUCUAGGAAGUUCAAAUUUGACAGUAAGUUAAGCUCAGCUGUGGCCUUCUGCCCUUUCAGCUGUGCCUAGCAAGCAGAACCCAGGAAAGAAGCAGAAACCUCCUGGCCUUACAUACAGAAUGCCUGGACAAGAGAGAACUUGCUGCGGGAUGCUUUGUAUUUUAAAACACAGCUUGAGAGUUCAGAAUUGGUAGUUUGCUCACUUAACUGUUGUUAAGAUGGCUUGAAAAGUUUCAUUUUAUACACUGGUACCCUGGCUUGAAAUUCUUCCACUUUGGUUAUCUAUAUUACUAUAUUAUAUAUUUAUAAAGUUAUUUUAAGAACUCUAAACUACCUGCUGUUAAAAGAAUAUAUGGUGUAAUUUUUUCCUGGUUUAAGAAAUCUAUUGUUAAACUUUUCUAAGACAGUCACUUUUCAAGGAAGAGGGCUUUCACUUUUGAGUGUGUAGUUGAGUGAGCAGGAAAAAUGAAUCUUCUACACUUCUCCCACAAUGUAUUAUACGUUCUUUAAGAAACAAUAAAUCAUAAGUAUAAGGGUGGGGUGGCUUAUUUGAUGUUCAGUUUUAUGUUGUAACCUUGGAAGAUACAAAGACUGAAGCUCUUCCUCCUCUUCCUUUUCUCUUAACGCUCCUUUACACUAUUGCCAAAUUACAAAACUUGGCUGACCACGUUGAAGUGAAAUACUUAUUAAGCUGCUAUGAAUGGUAACAGUAUGAUAAAAUUCAUGCUGUUGUUAGGUUUUCUCCUUCCAAGGGUUUGAAGUGAAAAAUCUCAGGUGUAGCAAUACUCUGAUUUGUUAAAUGUAUCCGUUUCAUUAUUUGGAACUCUGCCAAUAAGUUAGUUUUCAGCAGAAUUUUAUAUUUAUGUAGUAUUUUCCCAUCUUUUAGCACAGUGCCUUGCAUAUGACUCUAAAUGAAUGCUUGUUGAAUUGAAUUGCAACUUUAAAAAUAAUCCCAGAUAUCACAAUAACCAGCAUAGUGCUUUACAUUUUUACAAAGUCCUUUUGCACAUACUAUUUCACAAGUCCAUCACAUCAGCUUUCAUAUAGCUUUAUAUUAUUUUACAUCAGUUUUACACUGAUGGAGAAGCUAAAGUUCAGAAAAGUGACCAACUCCAAGUUGUAAAGUUUAGUAGGAUUUGGCCUCAGAUCUUUGACUCUGUUGUCUGCAGAUUCUGCUGUACUAGUGUUCCUUCUAAAUACUGUAUGCAGUUUUCCCAGUGUUACGAGACAGGUGUUGCUAUCCAUUUGUUGUGAAUGAAGACUUGUCCUAUGGUAUAUGACAGGGCUGAGAGUGGACUGUAGUUCUUAGCUGAACCCUUUCUACUGUUUAAAACAAUCAUCAGGCCUAUCCUCUGCUCCCAGGGAAAUGUGAAAGAGAACAGGGUUCUCUGCCAGGCUGUAGGUGGUGUCUCACAUCUGUAAUUCCAGCACUUUGGAAGGCUGAGGUGGGUGGAUUGCUUGAGCCCAGGGGUUUGACAUCAGCCUAGGCAACAUGGCGAAACCCCAUCUCUACAAAAAA